AUGUACCUCGCCUCCACUCGUCCGCCCCUCCACCUGUCCUUCCGUCCUCCGCUCCACCCGUCCUCCCGUCCUCCCCUCCACCCGUCCACCCCCCCCUCUCCACCCGUCCUCCCGUCCUCCCCUCCACCCGUCCCCCUCCACCUGUCCUCCCGUCCUCCCCUCCACCCCCUCCACCCCACCCGUCCCCUCCUCCCGUCCUCCACCGUUCACCCUCCCCUCCACCCGUCCUCCCGUCCUCCCCUCCACCCGUCCGCCCCUCCACCCGUCCUCCCCUCCACCCGUCCGCCCCUCCACCCGUCCCCCUCCAACCGUCCGCCCCCCCACCCGUCCUCCCCUCCACCCGUCCGCCCCUCUCCACCCGUCCUCCCCUCCACCCGUCCGCCCCUCCACCCGUCCCCCCUCCACCCGUCCCCCCCUCCACCCGCCCGCCUCCACCCGUCCUCCCCUCCACCCGUCCUCCCCUCCACCCGCCCGCCCCUCCACCCGUCCUCCCCUCCACCCGUCCUCCCCUCCACCCGUCCGCCCCUCCACCCGUCCCCCCUCCACCCGUCCCGCCCCUCCACCCGUCCGCCCCUCCACCCGUCCCCCUCCCACCCGUCCUCCCCUCCACCCGUCCGCCCCUCCACCCGUCCCCCUCCACCGUCCUCCCCUCCACCCGUCCGCCCCUCCACCCGUCCCCCCCUCCACCCGUCCGCCCCUCCACCCGUCCCCCCUCCACCCGUCCCCCUCCACCCGUCCGCCCCUCCACCCGUCCUCCCCUCCACCCGUCCUCCCCUCCACCCGUCCCCUACUCCACCCGUCCGCCCCUCCACCCGUCCCCCUCCACCCGUCCUCCCCUCCACCCGUCCGCCCCCCCUCCACGCGUUCAACCCCUCCACCCGUCCACCUGCCCUCCCGUCCUCCCCUCCACCUGUCCUCCCGUCCUCCCCUCCACCCGUCCUCCCCUCCACCCGUCCCCCCUCCACCUGUCCUCCCCUGCGUCCUCCCCUCCACCCGUCCUCCCGUCCUCCCCUCCACCCGUCCUCCACCCGUCCUCCCCGCUCCACCCGUUAUUAUCUGAUGCCCCACAAUAGUAGAGUUGGUGCAAGGGAGUUUGAGUGGGAGAUAGGGACUAGCGCGCCCCAUCACAGCACAGGGACCAGGGACAGCAGCACCCUCCCACCCCCCCCCCCACCCCCGACUAAAACAGCUCCUCCGCGGCCAAACAAGUCCUGCAACACCCGGCUACCCCUCAGACAGCACCGGCCAGCACACAGGCUACUACUUCUUUACCGCCGUCCGGAGGAAAAGAAGAACAAAAACAGCUUUAAAACUGUUGCAGCACGUUUUAAAAGUGGACCUUACACCUCCUUACUUCUUGGACAUGGGCGAUAUGGGGAUCCGCAGAAAAAAACGCGGCUGAUCUCGCUGUGUGUCGGCUGUGGAAACCAGAUCCACGACCAGUAUAUUCUGCGGGUCUCUCCAGACCUCGAGUGGCACGCUGCCUGUUUGAAGUGUGCAGAGUGUAAUCAGUAUCUGGACGAGUCUUGUACCUGCUUUGUCCGAGACGGGAAAACCUACUGUAAAAGGGACUAUGUCAGGUUAUACGGGAUAAAGUGCGCUAAAUGCAACAUCGGUUUCAGCAAGAAUGACUUCGUGAUGAGAGCGCGCUCCAAGGUGUACCAUAUCGAGUGUUUUCGGUGUGUGGCCUGCAGCCGACAGCUCAUCCCGGGGGACGAGUUCGCUCUGAGGGAGGAUGGCUUGUUCUGCCGGGCCGACCAUGACGUCGUGGAGCGGGCCACAAUGGGCGUCGGAGACCCCCUCAGCCCCCUCCACCCGGCCAGACCUUUACAAAUGGCAGCAGACCCAAUAUCAGCCAGACAGCCCGCGCUCCGACCGCACGUCCACAAACAACCGGAGAAGACAACUCGCGUCCGGACCGUUCUUAACGAAAAACAGCUCCACACGUUGCGGACCUGCUACAACGCCAAUCCCCGGCCCGACGCUCUGAUGAAGGAGCAGCUAGUCGAGAUGACCGGUCUCAGUCCCCGAGUCAUCCGGGUCUGGUUCCAAAACAAGCGUUGCAAGGACAAGAAGAGGAGUAUUCUGAUGAAACAGUUACAGCAACAGCAGCCCAACGACAAAACGAAUAUCCAGGGAAUGACGGGCACACCAAUGGUGGCGGCCAGUCCGGAGAGACACGACGGUGGUUUACAGGCAAACCCAGUGGAGGUGCAGAGUUACCAGCCGCCUUGGAAGGUCCUCAGUGACUUCGCGCUACAGAGUGAGAUCGACCAGCCCGCGUUUCAACAACUGGUCAAUUUCUCGGAGGGAGGCCCUGGUUCCAACUCGACAGGGAGCGAAGUUGCCUCGAUGUCAUCCCAACUUCCAGACACACCCAACAGCAUGGUCUCGAGCCCUAUAGAGGCGUAGGCCCUCGCGGACCGAGUGUAGACUACGUCAGACUAUUGUCAUAUUUCUGACUGUUGAUGUUAGUUGGACAAAGUGCCGGACUGACUGAAAACCCGAAAAAAACUUGACUCGGGGUGGAAAGAAACAAAAAAUGUCACUCUCUUGUUGAUUUAAUUCGAACUGAGAGAUAAAAAGAGAACCCCCCCCCCUCCCUCUACUGCACGAAGCCUCUUUAACAACAACUACUGGUUGUAGUUUUACACUGUGAAGACAAUCAUGGGAUUAUUACCCGAGCUAGAUCUGUCCAAGCGUCCGUCAUUACGUCCGUCUGUCCACUCGCCGCAAAACAACCCUGGAGAAGAGAAGGAGAGAGAGGACCAUGGUGUAGACGAGAAGAAGAAGAAGCGUGUUCCAAGGAGCGGUGGAGAGCGCAUCUGCCUGCAUCAUAACGUGUCUGCGACUCAUGCGACUCAUGCGUAACGAGAUGUAUAGAUUUCACUACAUCGUCCAUGACUGGUGCUGCCCGUUGGAAAUGCCUGUUUACAGUUUUGCCAAAAAAAGAAUACAGAAAACCCCAUACAUACACUUCAACAAAACCCCCCCUGGACCCAUGGACCUCUAGGAACAAUCCAAACCUUAUUAUUGAAGAUGAAAUCUGAAACCCAGGCUACAUUUGCGCAUUGUUGUGCGUGAUGUUUGAGUAUAUAAACAAAUGACUGUCUGCCAUUUCGGUUUCUAUAAAAUAGCUUGACUUGAGAUCCGCCCGCUGUUAUAACGACGUUUGGAGGGGAUUGCAAAUAAUGCUUUUCCAUAGUUUUGUUAUUAUCUCCUUGAUAAAGCCCAAGUAGGCCUACUAAAGCAUUGCAACAAGGUAUACCUCUAUUAUGCCACAAGCUUCGUGGGACUAUUGUGUGUGAGUUUGUGUCCGUCCAAUAAUAUUGUUUUCUUUCCCAAAGAUGUGUAUAGUAUUAAGUUAUAACGACCGUUAGCUCUGGAAAAAAACGUGUUUUUCUUCCGUUAAUUCCUGUACAACAAAAUUAUGUUUUAUUUAUCGUCGAAAGACUUGCCACUUUUUUUUGUGUAACCUUCUAUACUGAAGUAAAAAAGAAAAAAUAUU